AUGUCCACCACCACCACCCAAACCAUCGCCUUCCUCGGCGCCACCGGCGGCUGCACGCUCCCCGUCCUCGCCCGCGCCCUGACGGCAGGCCACCACUGCACCGCGCUGGCCCGCACCCCGGCCAAGCUGCGCACGGCGCUGAUCUCGACCGCCGGCGUCGCCGCCGACGUCGUCGACCGCAACCUGACCAUCGUCGCCGGCAGCGCGUCCGACGCCGGUGCCAUGCGGUCCCUCCUCACCAGCGUCCCCGGUCGCGGCGCCGAGGAAAAGACGCUGGUCGAUUUCAUUAUUAGCGGCAUCGGCGGCGCGCCGAAGCUGCAGUGGAGCCUGCGCACGCCGGCGACGAUCGACAACCCGCACAUCUGCGAGAGCGCGGCGCAGGGCGUCGAGGAGGCGCUGCGGGGGCUGCUGGCGGAGGGGUAUAGGGUGCGUUCUUCUGGAGCGGCGGAGCAGGAGAAGAAGCCCGUCAUGAUUACGAUUAGCACGACGGGCAUCAGCCGGCUGCAGCGCGACGUGCCGCUGCUGUUCCUGCCGCUGUACCACUGGCUCGGCAAGAUCCCGCACGACGACAAGCGCGCCAUGGAGGACCGCGUCGUCGCGGCCACGCGGGAGGGGACCCUGCGCGAUUUUGUUAUCGUGCGGCCGUCGCUGCUGGUUGAUGGCGAGGCCAAGGGCCGGCAGGCGCUGCGGGUUGGGUGGGAGCCUGCGACGGAGAAGUCGGAGCGUGCGCCUGGCCCGGCGGUGGGGUAUACGACGACUAGGGACGAUGUUGCGGCUUGGAUUUGGGAGGAGGCCGUUUUGAACACGGAGAAGUGGAGGGGCAAGUGUGUCUCUUUGACGUAUUAG